AUGGAUGGAAAAUAUUCUAGUACAGAAAGUGGUUAUAGUAAUAGUAGUAUGAAUGGAUAUUCAUUGGAAGGGACGAAUACGGAUCGGCACCAUCAUCCUGCAUUCACAGAGCAUCAGAGAUUGAUAUUACAUUUUGUAUUGUUGGCAGGUUCAAUUCUGACGCUACUCGGUACUGGAUCGGUUCUUCUAGCAUAUUUAGUUCAGUAUUUCAAAAAACCACAAUUCAAAGAGGAAGGUGCCAAAAUGAUCUGUCUGAUAACACUGCCCGGUUUUCUAGGUGCUUUCUUUUGGUUUCCAUGGCAACCGAAAACCAAUGAAUCUUUUUGUCUGAUACAAGCCACAGGAAUUCAAUUUUUUGAACUAUCUUCAUUGGUUUGGUCAUCUUGUAUAGUUAUUGUUUUUUUAAAAAACGUUGUAUUUCCAUAUUUUCAGUUGGGGUAUUCCUCUGGCGUCGGUGCUUCCAUGUCUGAUGUUGCAUUUUGUCUACGUGGUGUUGCGUGUGCAACUCAAGGAUCGCGAGGGCUACGAUGUCAUCACCAAGCGUUUCUUUGGCUUCAUUUUCGCGUCGCUCGUCUGUCAGGCACCGUCGCUUGGCAAUCGUAUUCAAAACUACUUGGAUCCUACGAACCCAAUCUUCACGCUCUACCUUGUGCAAACGAUAUUCCAACCGAUUCAAGGAUUCAUCAAUGCACUGAUCUACGGGCUGAUCGACGAGGAAAGAAGACCGGUGUCAACAUCCGAUCAUCGUCGUCAAACGCCAACGAGAAACAAGAUGAAAAUUCACAUUUAAUCAUCGACUAUGGCGAAGGUAGUCAGCGUUAUCAAAUCGAAUACAGUAUCAACAAAGACGAUUCCAUCACCGACAGUAACUACUAUCAAUCGAUAAUGAGUCUGGCAAGAGAUAGAAGUGAUAGUUUCGAUCGUUAA